AUGUUUUCUACAAAUCCAAAUUAUACGAAACUUAAAACCCACUUAAGGCUUGCAAUUAACCGACUUAAACUUCUUGAGAAAAAGAAAACAGAAUUAGCUCAAAAGGCUCGUAAAGAAAUUGCGGAAUACAUUGCUUCUGGUAAAAGUGAAAGGGCUAAAAUCCGCGUGGAGCACAUCAUCAGGGAGGACUAUAUGGUAGAAGCAAUGGAAAUUGUUGAAAUGUAUUGUGAUCUAGUACUUGCUAGAUUUGGCCUUGUAACCCAAAUGAAAGAAUUAGAUGAAGGUUUAGCUGAAGCCAUAUCAAGUCUUAUUUGGGUUGCUCCAAGAAUGCACACUGAUAUACAGGAGCUAAAGGUGAUUUCAGACUUGCUCACAGCGAAAUAUGGCAAAAUCUUUGCCGAUGCGUGCCGUAGUGAAAAUAUAAAUACAGUUAGUGAGAAACUGAAACAUAAAAUGUCAGUUCAAAGUCCACCUAAGAUACUAGUUGAGAAGUAUCUGAUAGAGAUUGCAAAAAAUUAUAAUGUUGAAUAUACACCUGAUGAACAAGUGAUGAGAGAAGAAGAAGGUCGAGAUGCAUUACUAAUUGAUAUCAAUGGUCCACCAAUGCCUCCGGGAUUUAUUGGAUUUCCACCACAACCACAGAUGCCACAGAUGUCACAGAUGCCAAAUCUCCCACAGCCAAGAGCACAACCCUUCAGUUAUCCUACUCAACCUUCUGGUGGAAAGGCUGGUGGAUUUAUUGCUCCGACUCCACCAAACUUUGGAGGAGGUCCAAGUGGCUCUCCCGUAGGUUAUAAUGUACCGCCUGGCGUAGAUUCAAAAAGUUUGAACAACAGCUUCUUGCAAGAAGAAAUGCACAACCUACCGCCUGCUUAUGACAGCAUAGCUCAUGAUUUGCCGGCGCAUGUGCCGACACCCCAGCCCCGCAGGAUGCCGCCUCAAAACUACUUCCCCGAGCUUCCAGAGUUGCCAUCAGUACCAUCAGAUCUGCCACUGCCAUCUGUGCCACACAGCAAUUCAAGUACCUCCAAUAACUCCCAAGAACCAGGUGGUCCCGACGAAAUCGACUUUGAAGAUCUCAAUCGUCGCUUCGAGGAGUUGAAGAAGAAAAAG